AUGCUUGAUAAAGUGUCUGUUCGCAAUAAGGAACAAAGUUAUGUUCUGAAGUCGCCCAAAGUGGUGGAAGUCGCGAGGGCUCAUUACGGGUGCAGUACCAUGCGGUACGUGGAGUUGGAUGACAUGGGUGGCACAGGGACUGUUGGCUCACACUGGAAGAUGCGCAACGCAAAGGAUGAGUUGAUGGCUCCUUCCGAUUCUGCAGGUUUCUACACUGCCAUCACCAUAGCAGCGAUGGAGGACACGGGCUACUACAAAGGCAACUACCGCAAUGCUGAAAGCAUGGCAUGGGGUAAGAAUGCCGGUUGUGUGCUCUUUGAUAAGAACUGCGUUAUUGACGGUGUGUCGCAGGUGCCGGAGAUGUUCUGUGACGAUAAAUAUUAUUCAAUAAGUGACUACAAGUGUACAUCAGACCGGAUGGGUAUUGGAGACUGCGCAAUUGCAUUUUAUUUCAGUUUGCCAACAUAUUUCCAGUACUUCCCAAAUCCGAUAAUGGGUGGAACUGAUUUUUUCAUGGAUUUCUGUCCGUAUAUUAAAGCAGAUUCAGACUUUUUGUGCCUAAAUGGGGAUGAAGAAAUGCUGCCCGGUUCUGUGUUUUCAGAAUCUGCGCGAUGUUUUUCAGCUGUCACGAAGACUUCCAUCAGGAUAAGCGAUGACCAAAAUAUGCUCUCUAUUUGCGCAGACGUGCAGUGUGACAAGGACACUUCGAGGUACCGGGUGCGCGUGAAGGGCGCCAGUGAUUUCGUGGACUGUCCACCCGGUACUACCAUCUUAAUUUCUGACUACAGUGGUGAGUUUAAAUCCGGCGCAAUCACCUGUGCACUAUAUGAGGAUGUAUGCCCCAAAUCCCUUUACCCCGACGAUGACCGCGACAAUAACAAUGACGAAAUCAUCAGUGCCACAUCCGAUACGACUAACAUCACGUACUAG